CGCGAGAUCUCCUCUGCGUCUUUCCGUGUCCAAGAUCGGCUGGUGUCAUCUCGAAAGGAUUCAAGAGUCCUUUUCUUGACUUCAUAACCUUGUUUUACACAGUUUUCGAUCUUGUACCUUACUGGGUCGUUCAACACAAACAGAUUCACGGAUUUCUGGAUUGUGAUUGGCCAGUCGAAUCACAGCAUUGAAUCAUGGGGAAUAUUUUUGGCAAUCUGCUGAAGAGCCUGAUAGGGAAGAAGGAGAUGAGGAUCCUGAUGGUUGGAUUAGAUGCUGCUGGUAAAACCACGAUCCUGUACAAACUGAAGCUGGGAGAGAUCGUAACCACCAUCCCAACUAUUGGCUUUAAUGUGGAGACGGUGGAGUAUAAGAACAUCAGCUUCACUGUGUGGGACGUGGGUGGUCAAGAUAAGAUCAGACCGCUUUGGAGACACUACUUUCAAAAUACACAGGGACUCAUCUUCGUCGUUGACAGUAAUGAUCGAGAAAGGGUUAAUGAAGCUCGGGAGGAGUUGAUGAGGAUGCUUGCCGAGGACGAACUGCGUGAUGCCGUACUUCUUGUUUUUGCUAACAAACAGGAUCUGCCAAACGCUAUGAAUGCAGCUGAGAUCACAGAUAAACUCGGCCUCCACUCGCUCCGUCAUCGCAACUGGUAUAUACAAGCCACCUGUGCGACCAGCGGCGACGGUCUGUAUGAAGGCCUCGACUGGCUCGCCAAUCAGCUCAAGAAUAAAAAGUGAGAGGGCGGGAUUUUCAUUAUGGGGGCGUCUCUCACUUUGGGAAUGGGGUGGGACUAAUUUGGCCUUUGGAUAUGUUUGUUUGGUUUUUGUUUGUUUAAAUUUGUUGUUUUAGCAAAUUUGUGUUUUGGUUUGUAAAGCCUUUUAUGUUCUGUGUAAAUGAGCACGUCAUUUGUAUGUAUACACACACCGUUACACAAACACACACAAGCAGUCAAAGAUCAAUGUGCGUCUUAUUUCCUCUGUUGACUUUUCCGUUUUUACAGUAAGCCUGUCAGUACAUUGUCUUCAACAGUGUUGUUUUUGAAAAAUAUGUUUUUGUUUUAGAUUGACCGUCCUCGUGUAUUAUGUAAAAUGCUCAAAUAUUUCUCCAUAUCUGUAGAUGUAAUUACGAUGCAGUUUGCCUCCUCAUGCACACGCAGUAUUUCACAAUCUUUAGAUGCGGUCUGUGAUUGUAGUGCAUGGCUCCUGUCGCUCAGUGUUGUGAUUUGUUGUGAUGCAGUAGGAAGUAGAAAUGCAUGCGCGUGUUUAAACAGACAGAGAUGAUCGGUGUUGCAUGCAUGCCGCUAUGUGGCUGCGACGUAAUAUAUCGAAUGCUUUUAUUGGACAUCGUAGAAAGAACGUAGAGUCUUGAGCUUGUCCCGCAUCUGUGUUUGUGCUAAUACCCUUAUGUAGUGUUGUUGUCUGUUCAGUGUAUCUGUAAAUAAAGCUUUUUUAGUUUUGUAUUUGACUUGGCUAACUGUUGCAUGGGCGAAAGUGUUUUGUCCCUAGGAAUUGCAUCCAUAUCGUUUGCAUGGCGUGCAUGCUGUGCAAGAAGUCCCAUAGAUGGAUUAGUAGGCAGUUAUAUAUUGUAGAUAGAUAGAUAGAUAGAUAGAUAGAUAGAUAGAUAGAUAGAUAGAUAGAUAGAUAGAUAGAUAGAUAGAUAGAUAGAUAGAUAGAUAGGAUUAUUAGAUUAUUGCACUAAACUGUUGAUUGUAUUGUUGCUUUCAAUCAUAUAAACAAACGAACAGCACAAACACGUGUAAACAAAUCCCAGGUAUGUCAGUGGUCUAAGGCAAACUGCUUCAUAAUUCAUCUGUUUCUGUGUGCUCUUGUUUUACGUAAAGUCUCAAUUUAAAAACCUAAUGAAUGUGAAUUUUGUCAUUUUGACUUUAUUUGUGUUGUUUUUCAGUCCAGACGAUUAUAUUAAUGAUAUAUUUAUGCUAUUUGUUUAUUUAAUGUUUGAUAUACGCUUCAGAUGAAACGUCUGAUGUAUUAUUUGUAUUACCAACACACAAACUAUAUAACAGACUAAUGUACGUCAUAAAUGAGCACGUGAUAAAGCAUUUGUUGUACCAAAUGUGUGUGUAAAUACUAAGAGCGUGUUUCUAAUUGUAUUAAUUUGGUUUGUGGGUUCUUGCAUUGCUUUGCAUUUAGUUUUCAAGCUAACAAUACGUGCAUGAUAUGUACGUGACAUUGCAGAUCAGUUUGUAAGUUUAGUUCUGUCAAGUGUGAAUUAGACAGGUUAGAAAAACAAUUAUACUAUGGGGCUGUUGAAUGCUUUGUUCUGAUUGGUUGAGAUGGGUGUUGAUUAUUUUUCUGUAAAACAUACACCUGACCUGACCUGUCAAAUGUCUUAAAAUUACCACCAGAGCAAUGUUUGUGGAAACUGUGGUAUAAGCAGAAUAAUUGACUCUGGUCCUUUGUAUUAUUUGAAAAUAAUGCACACGCAUGUUGUAACGCUUCGCGUCGUCAAAUAAUUUUACGGCCAGUCGUCAAUUAUUUAUAUACACUUAAUCAUUAAUUAUUUAGUUUUGCUGUGGCUUAACUUACCAUGCCGUUUAUCUACCAAUAAGAGUGACGCAUGACAGUUUAGCGUCUAAUCCAAACAAGGUCAUUUAUACAGAAACUUUCACAGUGUGAAUUGUCCAGUCUGUUAAGUUUUGUGGCCUUAUCUUACAAAUGUACAUUUUGUCACGGUUAUUUAUUAACUAAGUUAUUGAGUCAAUGAGUUACCUAGUUUUUAGUAAAUCCAAGAACAAAAGGGGUUACAAGCUCAAAUACAUGACUUUUGUUGAUUUUUAGGGGAGAAAUAUAUUUAUUGUUUGCUUUAAAUAGUUUGUGUGAUUAUUUGGUAGGUAAAGAUGGUUUACAGAUAUGGUAUUUUUUUUGCUUCUAUAUUAUAUUUUUAUUUAUUUCUUUAUUUUGGUGACUGUUUUGAUGAAUAUACUUUUGUGUGUAUAUGCUUUUCCUUGUUGUUUUUUAUCUUUUGGGUGAAUCAUUAUACAGUGUCUGUGAACAUAAUUAAUGAAGGGAUAACAAUGAUCAAUUUCUUGUUGAAUUAUGAAUUAAAUUAAUAGAAGUCUUAGAAAUCAUGGAUGAAGUGCGUAACUAUCUGUUACAGUAGAUAAAGAAAGAUUAUUGUUGAUUAUUAUACUGUAGACACCAAAAUCUUUCUCUCCAUACAAUUCUUUAACUGUAACACUACACUACAAUAAAAAAAUAUGAAAAUGA